CCGCCAGGAGGCCAGCCCGCCCCGGGGCCGCCGCCGCCAACGCCGCCAACGCCGCCGCCCCCACCUUGCCCCGGAUGCCCAGCGACGACAGUUUGGACGGCCCUACAGGUUCACAUGUUGAAUGGUGUAAACAGCUAAUAGCUGCUACGCUUUCUAGUCAGAUUUCGGGCUCCGUGCAAGCGGAAAAUGUAUCCAGAGAUUAUAAAGUUUUCAGGAGGCCUGAUUUAAGGAGCAUCCAUAAAAUGAAAAAAAGAUUGGAGAUACAGGAAGGAUACAAUGGCUAUCAUUCUGAAGUUGAAGCUGAUCAGGCUCUGAGGGAUGGAAACAAGUUGGCGCAGAUGGAAGAAGCACCACUUUUUCCAGGAGAGUCGAUCAAAGCUAUCGUGAAAGAUGUCAUGUAUAUCUGUCCAUUUAUGGGAGCAGUUAGUGGAACACUGACAGUCACAGAUUUCAAGUUGUACUUUAAAAAUGUAGAGAGGGAUCCACAUUUUGUCCUGGAUGUUCCCCUAGGAGUGAUAAGCAGAGUUGAGAAGAUUGGAGUGCAGAGCCAUGGAGACAACUCUUGUGGCUUAGAAAUUGUUUGUAAGGAUAUGAGAAGUUUGCGGCUUGCCUACAAACAGGAAGAACAGACAAAGUUGGAGAUAUUUGAAAACCUCAAUAAACAUGCAUUUCCUCUUUCUAAUGGGCAGGCAUUAUUUGCAUUCAGCUACAGAGAAAAGUUUCCAGUUAAUGGCUGGAAGGUUUUUGAUCCAAUUGCAGAAUUUAAAAGACAGGGUCUGCCAAAUGAAAGUUGGAAAAUAUCCAAAAUAAAUCAUAACUAUGAGCUUUGUGAUACGUACCCUGCUGUCCUUGUUGUUCCAACCAGUGUAAAAGAUGAUGACCUCUCUAAAGUAGCAGCGUUUAGAGCAAAAGGCAGAGUUCCUGUGUUGUCAUGGAUUCACCCCGAGAGCCAGGCGACAAUUACGCGCUGUAGCCAACCAUCGGUUGGCCCUAAUGAAAAACGUUGCAAAGAGGAUGAAAAAUAUUUGCAGACAAUAAUGGAUGCUAAUGCUCAGUCACAUAAGCUCAUCAUUUUUGAUGCCCGGCAAAAGAGUGUUGCUUUUACUAACAAGGCAAAAGAUGGUGGCUAUGAAAGUGAAAGCGCUUAUCCCAACGUUGAGAGGGUAUUCUUGGAAAUUCAUAAUAUUCAUGUUAUGAGAGAAUCAUUACGCAAAUUGAGAGAAAUCGUUUAUCCUGCCAUCAAAGAGCCAUUGUGGUUGUAUAGAGUGGAUGGAACACACUGGUUAGAAUACAUAAGGAUGCUGCUUGCUGGAGCUGUAAGAAUUGCUGAUAAAAUAGAAUCUGGCAAAACUUCCGUAGUAGUGCACUGCAGUGACGGUUGGGAUCGUACAUCACAACUCACAUCCCUGGCUAUGCUAAUGUUGGAUGGCUAUUACCGGACCAUUAAAGGAUUCGAAGUUCUUAUAGAAAAGGAGUGGAUAAGCUUUGGUCAUAGGUUUGCAUUGCGCAUAGGUCAUGGAGAUGAUAACCAUGCAGAUGCAGACAGAUCUCCUAUAUUUCUUCAAUUUAUUGACUGUGUUUGGCAAAUGACAAAACAGUUUCCUUCAGCAUUUGAGUUCAAUGAACUCUUCUUGAUUACUAUAUUGGAUCACCUUUAUAGUUGCCUUUUUGGGACUUUUUUGUGCAACUGUGAGCAGCAGCAACAGAAAGAGGGCAUACAUACAAAGACUAUAUCUUUAUGGUCAUAUAUCAACAGCCAACUAGAUGAAUUUAGUAAUCCUUUUUACGUGAACUAUGAAAAUCAUGUCUUAUAUCCUGUUGCCAGUCUGAAUCAUUUGGAAUUGUGGGUAAACUACUACAUCCGUUGGAAUCCACAGAUGAGGCCUCAGAUGCCAAUCUACCAGAAUCUUAAGGAGCUACUUGCAAUCAGAACAGAACUUCAAAAGAGGGUAGAAGAUUUACAACGGGAAGCUGCUGCAAGGUCCAUUUCGUCAUCGUCUGAUCGAGGAUCCUCACCUUCUCACUCGGUUACCCCAGUACACACCUCUGUUUGAUAUAUUAUAAAAAGCAUGAACAGUUCUGUAAAAUAAGGUUACCUGGAUAUGUUCUGUAGUUCUGAGAAUAUCCAUAAUAUGAUGUAAACAGAACCCCAACCCAGUGGUGAAGGUGAUUUUUUUAUAAUUGAUGUGAUAUCUAUGCCUUACAACUCUUUUUUUUGUAAUGAGGCCAAAAUGUCCUUCAAUAAGUGAUAUUUUCAUAAAUUGGUAAUGUGUGUAUAUUUUGGCAGCUUUAGCAGAACCACUUAUUGUAAAAUUAACUUCACUUUGAGCAACCAGCAGUUUUUCCUGAGAUCUUUAAAGGGAUUCUAUGGAA